CAUCAUUGGUUCUUCGAUCAGAGCGCCAAAUAGAAAAACCAGAUAAAUUCACAAUUCCUCUACUUCACAAUUUAAUUGCUUCCCAAUUCACCUACUUUGCAUUGUAUCUUAAUCGGAGAAGAUGACGGACGAAGAGGACACUCGAUCGGAUGAAAUUGCUGAUGAAGAUAAGCGACCUGCAACAAAGCAAAUGGCGAAGCGACUGAAGGUAUCACGUAAAUUUGUGAAGAAAGGUGAUACAUCACAGAGUAAAGAUGGAGGAAUUAACACUUAUUGUAAUGUGCUUGAGACCGUACGUAGAAUUAAAGGCGUGUUGAGAAAGGAGGAGCUUGAAGUCUUUAGAGGCACGGUUUUUGGAAAACUGUUGGAUGUUCCUGAAGUUAGAUGGAUUAGUAAUGGGCUCUUAGUUGGUCUGUUAGAAAGGUACAAGUUACCAAAGCAAGGAAUAACUGGAUGUAAAGAAAUGAAGUUCAAAAUAAAGGGGAGAAAAGUCUUGUUCACAAAGCCAGAGUUUGAACUUAUUGCAGGACUGGGAAGCGGAGGGAUUAGGAUAACUUUGAAUGAUGAAAGGUUGGGUGACUUCGGGUUAAGGUAUUUCAAUACGGGAAAAUCUAUUCAGCGAUGUCAUAUUACGGAUGCACUGCUGCAACACAACAAAGAUGACCUUGGAGUAGAAACUGAUGAUGUUGUAAAGCUAGCAUUGUUGCAUCUGUUGGGCAAUGUUAUGUUUGGGCACCAGUCAUGUGUUAGUUUUCCUAUUGGAUACAUUAACCUAGUAGAUGAUUUGGAUGCAUUCGAUAAAUUCCCAUGGGGUGAAGUCAUAUGGGAAGAGUUGUUAACACAUGUUGGGAGAUGUGCACAAUCCCUUAAAGCUCGUGAAAGGGGAAGAGUGAUGUUUGGAGGGUUUGUCUUUGCCUUACAGGAAAGCCAAGGGAAAGUGCUGAAGAUGAUCCUUGAGCAGUUAGAAAGACAAAAGGGAGAUGAUACAGAGGAGAGGGGUUUUAAAAAGAUAGAUGAUGAAAUUGUCAAUGAGAAUGUUGAGAGUGAAGACAUGGAAAAUAAAAACAUGGGGAAUGAUACUAUUUUGGAAGAAGAUGGCACUGACCAUGGAGAUGUGGGAAAGGAUGGCACUUCCAGACAUGAUGACAAUGAUCUUGGUCAUGUUGACACCACAGUCAUUAAUGAGGGAGAUGAUAAAAUCAAACAAGAAGUGAAUGCUAUUUUGAAAGGCACAAUUGAAGGAAAUAUCUUUGAGAAGGAAGUUGGAUCUGAUAUGGAGCCCGCGGCAAAUGCAAAUUUCGAGAAAGUGCAGAUGGAUUCUACAAUUGAUGAACAAGGAAUCACUUUGCCUGAAGAGGGGAUGGAUAUAAAAGGGAAAUGUAUGGAUGUGGAUGCUGCAACUAAAGAGCUUGUUGAGCAUGUGAAAAUGGAUACGAUAAUUGAUGCACAACCAAUAAGUGAAUACAAUGGAAAUGUUGAAAAUGAAGCCCCUUGUGUGCUGACACGUAAGAUAACUCUGAGUCAAAUGGAAGUCGUGAUUGGACCAUUCAGCCUGAACCCUAAGGAAAUGCCCCCACAAGAAGAUAUUGAUAAACUUAAGACAUUCAUUGAAUGUGGUAUGUUGAAGAGGAAGGCCAGAACAGGAGUCAGAAAGAUUUAUACAAAAGGAGAUGAAAACAUGACAAAGAAGCCUAUCGUACUGGAUAAGUUCAUAAUCAGCAGCAAAACAUGGCUUUAUGAUCUCUUCAUGGAUCAAGAGUGGCUGGAUACACUGCAUAUGGAGGUUGGCAUGUUUUACUUGGAGGUGAAAAGAUUCAACUACAAGCUCACACAAACAUACUCAACUGUGACACCUUUUUUCCUGGAAUGUCUUAAGCAGCAUCAAGAUGACAUUGACAAGAAAAUUAAAACCAAAGAAGAUGUUGGAAGUGUUUCAAACUUGACAGCUGAAGUGUUUGGUUUUGCAAGAAAUGGGAGUUGUGGUAUGUUUGUGCUUAAAAUUGCAGAGUACCUCAUUAUGGAUAUGGACAUUAGGGACAUUCGUACAGAUCAGAUGGCAGCAUAUAGGAUGAAGAUGGCUACAGAGCUAGUUCAAUUUGCAGAGUCAAAUAUGGCUGCAAAGGAGUGACUAUAAAACAUAUUGAUGUUAUUAUCUGUUUUGUGUAUUGAGCUGGUUGAAAAUUCUAUUGCUAUAUUUGCUUUGAAUGAUGAAACCUUUGGUGUAUGACAACAAUGCAUAUGGUCAGUGAUGGUCAUUGGCGUAUUGCAUUGUGACUUAGUUUCAUUCUGUACUAGAAUUCUGUGUUUGGGUAUAUGUGCCUUUGUUGUGUUUUGAAGUAAUGUGAAAGUGAAAUUGUUGAAAUUGUGUUGUGUUAAACGUGUUUUUUAAAUCAAUUCUAGUGAAAUAA